AUGUUUUCUCUUAAUACCUCAGAAGUUGAAAUCUCCACCUUCUUGUUGGUUGGGAUCCCAGGGUUUGAGAGUGUACACAUUUGGAUCUCCAUCCCCAUCUGCUUUAUGUACCUCCUGGCCAUCCUGGGCAACUGCACCCCCCUGUUUGUCAUCAGGACAGAGUCUUCCCUGCAUGAGCCUAUGUACUAUUUCCUCUCCAUGCUGGCCUUAUCUGACCUGGGCUUUUUCUCUUCUCUUCCCUCUAUGCUGAGGAUCUUCUUGUUCAAUGCCAUGGAGAUUUCUGCUGAUGCAUGUAUUGCCCAGGAAUUUUUCAUCCAUGGAUUCACAGGAAUGGAAUCCUCAAUGCUCUUGAUCAUGUCCUUUGAUUGCUUUCCAGCCAUUUGCAACCCUCUGAGGUAUAAUUCCAUUCUUACCAGCUCCAGAAUUUUGCAUCGUGGACUGAUAUUUGAUAUUAAAAGCAUUCUACUAGUUCUUCCUCUUCCUUUCACUUUAAAUAGACUCAGAUACUGUAAUAAACACCUGCUCUCACACUCCUACUGUCUCCACCAGGAUGUCAUGAAACUGGCCUGCUCUGACAAUAGGGUUAACUUUUACUAUGGUCUGUUUGUUGCACUCUGCAUGAUGUCAGACAGUGUUUUCAUUGCUGUUUCCUAUGUGUUCAACCUGAAGACUGUAUUGGGUAUUGCAUCCCAUGGGGAGCAACUUAAAGCUCUUAAUACCUGCGUGUCCCACAUCUGUGCUGUGCUCAUCUUCUUUGUGCCCAUCAUCACCUUGGCUACCAUACAUCACUUUGCCAAGCAUAAAUCCCCUUUGGCUAUGAUUCUGAUAGCUGAUGCAUUCUUGUUGGUACCACCUUUGAUGAAUCCCAUUGUGUAUUGUGUAAAAAGUUGGCAGAUUAGAGUAAAAGUCCUGGAAAAACUGAGUCUAAAGUCUAAAUGA